UCAUAACCUGUUUCAUCAUCCUUUUUGUCAUUAGCUAGCUCCAAAAAUGGCCUAUCUUCGCCUCCCGGCUUUUGUCCUACCACUACUUCUGCUCUUUGCCUUCUCACUUAUGAGCUCCAAAUCAAUGGUUGCAGGGGCUCGUUUUCUUCUCGAGACUUCCUUGCCUCAAGUGCCCGAGCUUCCAAAGCCUGAGCUGCCACAAUUGCCUAAGCCUGAGCUUCCACAGUUGCCAAAGCCUGAGCUGCCACAACUUCCUAAGCCUGAGCUUCCACAACUUCCUAAGCCUGAGCUUCCACAGUUGCCAAAACCCGAGCUGCCACCGCUUCCUAAGCCUGAGCUACCGCAGUUUCCAAAGCCUGAGCUGCCACCAUUGGCUAAACCCGAAAUACCAUCAGCACCUCAUGUCCCAACUUUGCCAAAGGAAGGCCAUAAGUUGGCUGAAAUACCCCAUGCCCCAACCUUGCAUGAGUUACCUCAACUUCCAAAGCCUGAAUUGCCACCACUUCCCGAUUUCCCAACUUUGCCGAAGCCCGAGCUGCCAGCAGUGCCCAAUGUCCCUACUUUACCGAAGCCUGAAAUGCCAAAGUUGCCUGAAAUUCCACCUCUGCCACAUCUCCCAGCUGAGCUACCUAAGCCCACAUUGCCCUCCAUCCCAACCCUCCCCAAGGCCACACCCCUCCCUUCACUCAUCCCACCUCACAAAACCACCCUCCCUUGAUUCUCUUAAAAUAUUUCCAAUUAAUUUGUUUCACUAUUUAUAUCUUUGUAAUCAUCAUAUCUUCUUCAGUGUUUCUUUCUUAUCAUGUACUGCUACGUUUGAGUAUUAAUACAUAAGAGUGUUUAUGGUUG